AUGGACAACUCAUCAGAUUCCGAUAAUGCCGUCAUUUCUUACUCUAAUGUAGCCGCAAUUGGUGUUGGAGUAGCAUUGGUUGCGGCAGGUGCAGUCUAUUCAAAUUACAGGGUGAUUAGAGAUAAUAUAUCAUCAUUAAUGGUUGAUGAAUCAAUAGGAAUGACCGAUGAUGUUGAUUGGAAUCGUUUGACUAUUCCAGCUGAAACACAAGGCUGUCCACAAGCCAGAGUCUUCUCAAAAUUAGCCGGCCGCCAACUGGUUACAACUGGCAAAUCGGAACAUGAUGAUCGUAAAUAUCAGACAAUUUAUGAAGGAUUCAAAAUUGGAAAAGACGUCGCAAAAAAAAUAGGUGAUGGAAAUUGUUUAGGUUAUCGUCAAAAUAGAGAAUCACCUUAUGAGUGGUUGUCAUAUGAUCAAGUUGAACAAGGAGCAAAUGAAAUUGGCAGCGGUUUAAUUCAUAUUGGCGAAAAUUUUGGUCAAAAAACUUUUAUUGGAAUUUAUGCUGUGAACAGUGUAGAAUGGAUGAUGACAGCAAUCGCUUGCCAUUUUCAUUCUAUGAUUUAUGUUCCGUUAUACGAUACUUUAGGAGAAAUUGCUGUUGUUCACAUUAUUAAUCAAACUCGUUUAAGUACAAUUUUCGUUGAUAAACCGGAGAAUAUAUUAAUUUUAAUCAAAUUACGGUCAAAAGUCCAAUCAUUAAAACGUUUAAUCAUGACAAGAACAAUGCCGACCGAAAAAGAAAUCGAAAUUAGAAAACGAGCAACUGAAGCUAAUCUCGAAAUAACAACAUUCAAUGAAUUGCGGGAACAAGGGCGAGCACAUCCAUCACCUCAUCAUCCACCUAAACCAGAUGAUCUAUUUGAAAUAUGUUAUACAAGUGGCACAACAGGUUUGCCAAAAGGAGCUAUGUUAACACAAAAAAAUAUCAUUGGCAUUGUACAAUCGGCAUCAGAAUUUUUUAAACCAGUAUUUGCUGAACAAGAAACAGUCAUUUCAUAUUUACCAUUAGCACACAGUUAUGAACAAGCUAUUGAAUUAUUUUGUUUGUGUAAUGGUCAUAAAAUUGGUUAUUAUCUCGGUGAUGUCCGUCAGUUAGCUGAUGAUUUAAAAGCGCUAAAACCGACAUUAAUGCCAUGUGUACCACGUUUGUUGAAUCGAAUGUAUGAUAAUAUUCAAACAACAAUUGGACAUUUAGGAGUCUUUAAACGUUCUUUAUUUCAAUAUGCAUUUUCAUCGAAAUCCGAAGAAAUAGUGCACAAACAUCGUGUUAAUCGUCAUUUUAUAUGGGAUAAAGUGGUAUUUAAACAAAUUCAACAACGUCUCGGUGGAAAUUUGAAAUUAAUUGUUAGUGGUGCUGCACCAUUGUCACCAAAAAUAUUAGAAUUUUUAAAAGUAGUAUGUGGUGCAUACGUUGUCGAAGGUUAUGGACAAACAGAAUGUUGUGGUAUAUCAUCGUGUCAAGCACCUGGUGAUUCAUCAGUAGGAAAUAUUGGUGUCCCAUUAGCUUGUAAUAUGAUUAAAUUGUGUGAUGUACCUGACAUGAAGUAUUAUGCAAAAGAUAAUAUUGGAGAAUUAUGUAUUAAAGGUUCGAAUGUAUUUGCUGGUUAUUAUAACGAUGAAGAAAAAACAAGAGAGGCAAUAGAUGAGGAUGGAUGGUUACAUACCGGUGAUAUUGCUUCGUGGGCGAAGGGUGAAUAUCUUGCGCCGGAACGCUUAGAAAAUGUUUAUGUUCACAGCAAAUAUGUUGCACAAGUGUAUGUGCAUGGUAACGCUUAUAAAAGUUUUACGGUAGCCAUUAUUGUUCCUGAUAAUGAAGUUUUAGAAAAAUAUGCAAAAAGUAAUAAGUUACCGACUGAUAUGAUAGAGUUAUGUAAAAGAAAGGAUAUUAAACAGCUUAUUUUGGGUGACAUGCAAAAUUUAGAAACAGUAAAUGACUUAAAAGGAUUCGAAAGAGUGAAAGAUAUUUAUCUACAUCCUGAACUAUUUACCGUCGAAAAUGAGUUGUUAACACCAACACUAAAGUCAAAACGUCCAGAAUUGGCAAAAUAUUUUGAUAAACAAAUUGAAGAGAUGUAUAAAAAUAUCGAUUAA